GUUUGAGUUCGAGGUUUUCCUUUGCGUGACGUCACAGUGUGUGUCGCCGCUGUAGGAAGAGGAUAUUCGAAGGAUUGUUUGCCUGCGAUUUAGUAAGGGUAGAACUCUAUUUCCUAGGUUAAAGCAACAAUAAUUUCACAUAAAGGAAUUGAAAAAGAUAUUUUUGAGAUAUUUUCAAAAUGGUUGGAAUGGACGAUAAACACCGUAGUUUGUUGAGAGCAAGCAGAAUGGACUUAGUCAGAGACAUGGAUGGUGAAAGAAUUGCAUCUUACCUUUAUUCAUAUGAAAUUUUCAGUGAAGAAGACAGAGAACUAGUUAAUGCCGAGUCUACUCCACAGAGAAAAAAUGAGAAAUUACUUGAUAUUUUGCCAAAACGUGGUGCAAAUGCCUUCAAAGUAUUUUGUGAUAUUUUGAAAGAGUUGAAGAUGUUCCAUCUGGAGAUCUUGCUUAGAAAUGAAGACAAGUCAUCAGAACUUGUGAGUAAAGGAGUAGAUGUAGAGGACAGAGGGUUCCCAGAUCAAAAGUCAGAAACUGUGCAAAACAGCAACUCAGGAAAAACUUCGGCAACAGAAUCUGAUGAGAAAGAGUCAGAAGCAGAUGGCCGACCAAUGGGAGAAGGGUCAGAUCAAAGAGAUGGAAGAUUUUUUGGGAAAUCAGACAAAAAGGAUACUGCACCACAACCAAUUCAGCGCUUACCAUCUUUGAAAGGAAUUGAGUAUCAGCCUGAUUCUGAUAGCUUUUAUUCAAUGGAUAAGUAUCCCAGAGGUUUAUUCUUGCUUUUAAACAAUAAAGAAUUCUUGCCCGCCUCUGGUAUGGAAAGCUAUCCUCGCAAUGGCACUAAUGUUGAUGCCGAUGCCCUUGAGUCUUUAUUCACAGAGCUGGGAUUUAUUGUACAUCGUUAUAAUAACAUAUCUUGCUAUGAAAUGCGAAAGCUUUGCAAGCAGGCUUCUCUCAUGGACUACAGCAAUCUUAAUUGCUUUUCUUGUGCUAUACUCAGUCAUGGACAAGAGGGUGUUGUUUAUGGAACUGAUGGUGUUGUUGAUAUCAGAGAACUGACUGGGUAUUUCAGAGGACAAAAUCUUAUUGGUAAACCCAAGAUGUUUCUUUUUCAGGCUUGUCAAGGCUCAGAUUAUAUGGAAGGCCUUGAUGCGACUGAUGGCCCUGCUAAUGACCGAACAAAUGACAUAUCUCUUCCCGUCGAAUCAGAUUUUGUUUAUGCCUAUUCAACGGUUCCUGGUUAUUAUUCUUGGAGAAAUUCUCAAAGAGGAUCUUGGUUUAUUCAAGCCAUUGUUGAAGUAUUCCGUGCCAAUGCCCACAAAAUGGAUGUGCUAAGAAUGCUGACUCGUGCAAAUGCGAUUGUUGCCACAAAGAAAUCAGCCACCGGACAGAGAAUGUCAAACAACAAGAGACAGAUUGCCUCCAUUGUUACUCAGCUGCGAAAGGAGUUCUUCAUGUUUCCCCCACAAGGCCCACUGAAAAGCUAUUCGUCAUGAUAGCUGCUGGGAAUUCUUUUUAUAUGGGUAUCGUGACUUGAUUAUUGGUACCUAAAUACUGUUGCCUAGCUACAGUCUCCUAGAAACUGUUACCUAUAUACUGUUAUAUUUCUAACAAAGAUAAGAUUUGGAAUCUGUUUUCUACAUAUUUGUUCAUUUAGCUUACACAAAUCUUAACAAAGAUCAAACUAAUUACCAUUACCAAAAUCUUGUUUGAACCGCAGUUGCAUCACGUACCACUUAUGCAUAAAUGCAGAUUGUUAUAGUUUAUUUAGAGCAAUAAUAUGAACACUGUUUGAUAGAAAAGCCAAUUGACAGAUUCUGAAGUCUUCUGUCAAUUACCUAUUAGCCAACCAAUAAGCGUAUUGUGGUAUCACGCUCACUGAUUGGCAAAUAGUUAAUUGACAGAUUUUUUUAAUUUGAUGAUUGACAUUUAUUGAUUUCUACUUUAGUAUCUGUCAUUACGUUUAAAUUCUCUUUGGCAGUGUAAGACAUCAUCACAACGAAUAAAGUUCCAUUGUCACCACUAUUCUGUUGCACCAAUCCAUGUAACAUAAGUCUAUUAUUCAAAUAACAAUCUCCAAGCCACAAUUUUGUUAUCUUUAAACGCAUGAUGUUCUUUGUAGCCCUCUCUCCUACUGAAGAAUGGGGCAUUUUGAUUGCACCAGGCAGUAAAAUUAAAUUUCAACGUUCGUGCGAGUUUCCAUUGUUUGAAUGUUUCUUAGUUUAAGUCAAAUAUCUUUAUCUUUAGAUUUUUGUGAUUUGAAAAUUCUUUGCA